AUGAGGACCACGGCUCUCGGGAACCGGGGACCCCAAACACGCCGUGCGCAUGGGGAAACCGAGGCUGGAGAGGAAGGGCUGUGUGUGCUGGAGUGGGAGACCCCGUGCGAAGCCGGCCCGGACCCCACGGAGGAGGGGGACACCCCGGAGGCCCUGCCCCCACGGAGGAGGGGGACACCCCGGAGGCCCUGCCCCCACGGAGGAGGGGGACACCCCGGAGGCCCUGCCCCCACGGAGGAGGGGGACACCCCGGAGGCCCUGCCCCCACGGAGGAGGGGGACACCCCGGAGGCCCUGCCCCCACGGAGGAGGGGGACACCCCGGAGGCCCUGCCCCCACGGAGGAGGGGGACACCCCGGAGGCCCUGCCCCCACGGAGGAGGGGGACACCCCGGAGGCCCUGCCCCCACGGAGGAGGGGGACACCCCGGAGGCCCUGCCCCCACGGAGGAGGGGGACACCCCGGAGGCCCUGCCCCCACGGAGGAGGGGGACACCCCGGAGGCCCUGCCCCCACGGAGGAGGGGGACACCCCGGAGGCCCUGCCCCCACGGAGGAGGGGGACACCCCGGAGGCCCUGCCCCCACGGAGGAGGGGGACACCCCGGAGGCCCUGCCCCCACGGAGGAGGGGGACACCCCGGAGGCCCUGCCCCCACGGAGGAGGGGGACACCCCGGAGGCCCUGCCCCCACGGAGGAGGGGGACACCCCGGAGGCCCUGCCCCCACGGAGGAGGGGGACACCCCGGAGGCCCUGCCCCCACGGAGGAGGGGGACACCCCGGAGGCCCUGCCCCCACGGAGGAGGGGGACACCCCGGAGGCCCUGCCCCCACGGAGGAGGGGGACACCCCGGAGGCCCUGCCCCCACGGAGGAGGGGGACACCCCGGAGGCCCUGCCCCCACGGAGGAGGGGGACACCCCGGAGGCCCUGCCCCCACGGAGGAGGGGGACACCCCGGAGGCCCUGCCCCCACGGAGGAGGGGGACACCCCGGAGGCCCUGCCCCCACGGAGGAGGGGGACACCCCGGAGGCCCUGCCCCCACGGAGGAGGGGGACACCCCGGAGGCCCUGCCCCCACGGAGGAGGGGGACACCCCGGAGGCCCUGCCCCCACGGAGGAGGGGGACACCCCGGAGGCCCUGCCCCCACGGAGGAGGGGGACACCCCGGAGGCCCUGCCCCCACGGAGGAGGGGGACACCCCGGAGGCCCUGCCCCCACGGAGGAGGGGGACACCCCGGAGGCCCUGCCCCCACGGAGGAGGGGGACACCCCGGAGGCCCUGCCCCCACGGAGGAGGGGGACACCCCGGAGGCCCUGCCCCCACGGAGGAGGGGGACACCCCGGAGGCCCUGCCCCCACGGAGGAGGGGGACACCCCGGAGGCCCUGCCCCCACGGAGGAGGGGGACACCCCGGAGGCCCUGCCCCCACGGAGGAGGGGGACACCCCGGAGGCCCUGCCCCCACGGAGGAGGGGGACACCCCGGAGGCCCUGCCCCCACGGAGGAGGGGGACACCCCGGAGGCCCUGCCCCCACGGAGGAGGGGGACACCCCGGAGGCCCUGCCCCCACGGAGGAGGGGGACACCCCAGAGGCCCUGACCCCCCGGAGGAGGGGGGACACCCCAGAGACCCUGACCCCACGGAGGAGGGGGACACCGCCCAGGCCCGGACCCCACGGAGGAGGGGGACACCCCAGAGACCCUGA